GACAUAGAUGCUAUGCUUUAAGCACAAGUUGAAGGUGAUAAGACACUAUAAAAAGCUCAUGGAUAUUGGCUAAGGAGACAAACACACACCCACAAUCUUCUUUCUCUGCAUUUACACUCACAGACUCACUGUUAAUAACUUUAAAAGACAAAUGACAACUUCAUCUGAAUCAACUCGCAAGGGUCUGACCAAGAUUGCCACAAAUAGACUUCAGAAAGAGUUCAUGGAGUGGCAGACUAACCCUCCUGCUGGUUUCAAGCACAGAGUCUCUGAUAAUCUCCAACGAUGGACUAUUGAAGUGAAGGGAGCUCCAGGAACUCUUUAUGCCAAUGAAACUUACCAACUUCAAGUGGAAUUUCCUGAGCAUUAUCCUAUGGAAGCUCCACAGGUUAUCUUUCAGCAUCCAGCUCCACUCCAUCCUCAUGUUUACAGCAACGGUCACAUUUGCUUGGAUGUUUUGUAUGGUUCAUGGUCGCCUGCAAUGAGACUAAGUUCAAUCUGUCUUAGCAUUCUCUCAAUGCUCUCAAGCUCUGCUGUGAAGGUUUGUCGUGUGUUUGUCCUUUCUCUUCUUUCUUUGGCUUUGUAUGGUAUGGUUCAUAGUCUUCUUAUGACGUUUCUUAUUCUCUUAUGCUCAUUCUUGCAGCAAAGGCCGAAAGACAACGACCACUAUUUGAAAAACUGCAAAAAUGGUAGAUCUCCAAAGGAAACAAGGUGGCGGUUCCAUGACGAUAAAGCAUAACACCUCCUAUAAGUGUGGUGUCCUUUAAUGUUGUAAUUAGUAACUAAUUGUAUGUCGAGUUCUUGGCCUGUUUUUAUCUUCAAAACAAGAACAGUUUCUCUCGUUUAAUCACACAGAAAGCUUGUGCACAAAACUAUAAAGUCAAGAAAUAACAUAAUUUAUUUAU